UCGAAUCUAAAAACUGUAGCGGUCGUACCCCGACGUAUAGUGUGACUCUUAUUACGUUCCCGGCGUUCUCAAUCCAUGCAAUUAUCACAAUUCAAAUAUGUCGGAAAUUAAUGGAAUUCCAAAUGAAAUCAAAUCAUCAGCUUUAGAGCUUAUUGGGAACACUCCUUUGGUUGCAUUGGACAGACUUCAUCCUGGACCCGGGCGAGUUUUAGUGAAAUGUGAAUUUAUGAGCCCUGGCGCUUCCGUGAAAUGCAGAUCUUCAAUACAUAUGAUUCAAAAGGCACGGGAAAGAGGAGAUUUGAAACCAGGCGGCAAAAUCAUUGAAGUAACCUCUGGUAACCAGGGAUGCGGUCUCGCUGUUGUUAGUGCCGUGUUGGGUCAUGAACUAGUAGCUCACAUGUCAAGUGGUAAUAGUAUUCAGCGUGCUAUUCACAUGGAAGCUUUGGGUGCGACGUGUGUCAAACAUCCCCAAGUAGAAGGUUCGUACGGGAAUGUAACUCAUGCCGAUUCACUUAUUGCUAGGGAAGCUGGAACAAAAAUGGCUGAAGAGACUGGAGAAUAUUUUGUCAGACAGUUUAUGAAUCAAGAUAACGUAGAAGCUCAUUAUCUAACGACUGGGCCAGAAAUUUGGAGACAGACCGGACAUCGCGUUGAUGCUUUUGUAGCUGCGACGGGUACAGCUGGCACAUUUGUCGGUGUCUCUAAGUGUUUAAAAGAAAAUAAUCCCAAUUGUAAAUGCUACGUAUUAGAACCUGAAGGGUCAGAGCCUAUAAAAGGUUGUCCCAUUGUAAAGCCAAAACACAUUCUACAAGGAUCUGGCUACGGAGUUGUUCCUGAUUUGUUUAAAUUUGAAUAUAUGGACGGAACUGUAGCUGUUUCCGACGAGGAAGCUUUGAAAUACCAGAAACUGAUCGGUACGAAGGAAGGCCUGUUCGUUGGAUAUACAAGCGGUGCUAACGUCGCUGCAGCUGUUAAACUACUGAACUCUGGAAAACUACCAAAAGAUGCCUAUGUUGUGACAAUUUUAUGUGAUACGGGCUUAAAGUACACGCCCAUUCCAGACUGGAAACCUACCUAGUUAUUGAUAAUAAUGUAAAGUAAGAGGCAAACCAUAUUAUUAAAUACCUACACAAUAAAAAUAAGUAUUUCAGUUAAAGAAACCCGAUCUUCAAGGCCUAGGCCUAGUUUUCUUUUUAGUUAUUGCUGUUCUCGAGUGAUAAGCUCCUCACUGCUCAAGGCGAGGAGCUAUAAGCUUAUACCUUCUAUAAA